AUAAGUGCUUUUCCUCUCCCAAAAUCAAUACCAAACCAAUCCCUUGUCCUCAACUCAACUCCUCCUUUAACUGUUACUACCCAGUUCCCUGUUUUUUGCUUGAAACUACCCACUUCCCUGUUGUUGUAACAAACAUAAAAUCAACUAAAAUAACUGUUUAGGAGAGGAGACAUCUAAUCAUAUAAAUAAAUAUAUAUAUUUUAAAAAAUUAAAAUUAAAAGAAACCAGAGACAGAGAGGAAAAUACAGAGGAAAGCGUUCUCUCUCUCUCUCUCUCUCUCUCUUCCUCUUCUUCUUCUCCUUUUUUCUAACUUUAAUUUACCCACCCACUUCACUCAUUCAUUCAUGGUUUCCCUUUAGUAUCUGCCAGCCAGCUCUAAGCAGCUUCCAACAGUGAACCAGAGAGAGAGAGACAAAAAGAAAGAGGAGAGAGAGAGAGAGAAAGAAGGAGGAGAGAGAGAGAUGGGUUGCUGUAUAUCGUUGUUUAAGAGCAAGAGCAACGAUGCUGAAGAGAAGAAGGGCCAGGCCCAACAGCAGGUCCAUCAGAACCCGACCCAAUACAACCACCACUCGCCUCCGACGGUGGGGCCGGAGCCGCCGAGCUCGGCGCCGGGCCCAGGUCCAGGCCCUUCCCCGGCAACGUUCUGUGAGUUCUCGCUGGCCGACCUGAAAGCCGCGACCAACAACUUCAGCGCUGACUUCAUCGUCUCGGAGAGCGGCGCGAAAGCCCCCAACGUCGUCUACAAGGGCCGCCUCCAUAAUCGCUCAUGGAUCGCCGUCAAGAAGUUCACCAAGCUCGCCUGGCCCGACCCCAAGCAGUUCGCCGAGGAGGCGAGAGGAGUAGGGGAGAUGAGGCAUCGAAGGGUGGCGAAUUUGAUUGGGUAUUGCUGUGAUGGUGAUGAGAGGCUGCUCGUUGCUGAGUACAUGCCUAAUGACACUCUUGCUAAGCAUUUGUUCCACUGGGAAAAUCAAACAAUUGAGUGGUCCAUGCGUUUAAGAGUGUCUCUUUAUAUUGCUGAAGCCUUGGAUUAUUUUAGUACUGAGGGUCGUCGAUUAUACCAUGAUUUGAAUGCGUAUAGGGUUCUCUUUGAUGAGGAUGGUGAUCCGCGCCUUUCAUGUUUUGGCUUGAUGAAGAAUAGUAGGGACGGGAAAAGUUACAGCACCAAUCUUGCCUAUACACCUCCUGAGUAUUUAAAAAAUGGAAGAGUCACCCCAGAAAGUGUUAUCUACAGUUUUGGAACUGUCCUUCUGGAUCUGUUAAGUGGCAAGCAUAUCCCUCCAAGUCAUGCUCUUGACAUGAUACGCGAAAAGAAUAUUGUUCUUUUAAUGGACUCACAUCUGGAAGGAAAGUUUUCUACAGAAGAGGCAACAGUAGUUGUCAAUCUUGCUUCUAAAUGUCUGCAAUAUGAACCUAGGGAGCGGCCUAGUACGAAGGAGCUCGUUUCAACACUUUCUCCUCUGCACACUAAACCCGAUGUUCCGUCUUAUGUCAUGCUUGGAAUUCCAAAGCAUGAGGAAGCCCCUUCAACCCCACCGCGGCCCCUUUCACCUAUGGGAGAGGCCUGUUCCCGGAUGGACCUCACAGCAAUUCAUCAAAUCUUGGUUAUGACCCACUACAGAGAUGAUGAAGGAACCAAUGAGUUGUCGUUCCAAGAGUGGACUCAGCAAAUGAGAGACAUGCUCGAUGCAAGAAAAAGAGGGGACUAUGCAUUCAAGGACAAAGAUUUUAAAACUGCCAUUGACUGUUAUUCCCAGUUCAUAAAUGUAGGAACAAUGGUCUCUCCAACUGUUUUUGCUAGGCGCAGUUUGUGCUAUUUGUUAUGCGAUCAACCCGAUCCCGCUCUUCGAGAUGCGAUGCAAGCGCAGUGUGUUUACCCGGAUUGGCCUACGGCGUUUUACAUGCAGUCGGUAGCUCUUGCAAAGUUGGACAUGCACAAGGAUGCGGCUGACAUGUUGAAUGAGGCAGCCUCAUUAGAAGAGAAGAGGCAACGAGGUGGGAGGGGAUAGGGAGAAAUGAGAAUCAAACCUAACAGAAACCCGUUCAACACUACUAAUAAUGUUGUUGAGGCUGACCUAAAUUUGUAUAAAAUCCGAGCUGUGAAUCAAAAUUGCUUUCUCAAUUGAAUUGUCUAUAUAACUUAUAUAUAAAAGGAAGCCGUCCUGUUCAUCAUAAAAAA